AUGGUUUUAAAAUUAUUUCCAAGCAGUAAAGAUGAAUUAAUUACAUCAAUUAAAAAUUAUUUUCCAUCAUAUUCACUGAAGGAGGUAAGCUCUGAGCAUAUUAUGCCAGAUGAAAGAAUACCAAUAGUACCAACAUUAUUACUUUCAUUUCAACAUGUACUUGCUAUGUUUGGUAGUAACGUUCUCUGUCCAAUAUUAAUGGGGUUUCCAGUUAAUUCAGCUUUAUUUUUUUCGGGUAUUGGAACUAUUAUAUUUUAUAUUUGUACAGGUGGAAAAGUUCCAUCAUAUCUCGGAUCAAGUUUUGCAUUUAUUGGCGCAAUCACAACAGCGUCAGGAUAUGUUUACACACCAGGUGCAGGACCAAAUCCACAUAUUGCAUUAGCAUCAGGUGGUGUUAUGGUUUGCGGUUUCGCUUAUUUAGGUAUUUCAAUGAUUGUUAUAUUGGUAGGUUAUAAAUGGUUAGAGUAUUUAACACCCCCAGUAGUGACAGGUUCAGUAAUUAUUUCAAUUGGUCUUAAUCUCGCAAGUUCAGCAAUUGCACAAGCAAGUUCAUCUGCUUUUGAUGCAUGGAUGGCAUUCGUAACUGUAAUGGUGGUUGUUUUGGUUACAUGUUAUGCACCAGGACCAUUAAGAAGAUUACCAAUCUUAAUUGGAGGCCUUACAUCAUAUCUUAUUUACCUUUUCUGUGGAUUGGCAAAUGUUGGACCAGGUAUAGAUUUUAGUGGAGUUAAAGAUACAAAGUGGAUAGGUUUACCACCUACCGUACUCCCAGAGUUUAGUGGAUCCUAUAUAUCAUUAAUUGCACCAGUUGCAAUUAUUCUAGCAGCAGAGAACAUUGGUCAUUUAAAAGCAGUUGGUUCAAUGACUGGAAAUAGUGUAGAUCAUCUUUUAGGUAGAGCAUUUCUUGGUGAUUCCAUAGCAUGCAUUAUUGCAGGACUUUGUGGUAGUACCGGUACCACUACAUAUGCUGAAAAUAUUGGUGUUAUGAGUAUCACCAAAAUCUACUCUACUCUUUCUUUUCUCUUUGCUGCACUUUUUGCAAUCAUUUUAGGUUUGUUACCCAUGUUUGGUAAGAUCGUUGCAACUAUUCCAGAAGGUACCUUUGGUGGUUUAUCUAUUGUACUCUUUGGUAUCACUGCUUUAACUGGUGCAAAAUUAUGGAUUACCGAUAAUGUUGAUUUCACAAAACCAAGAAAUCUUUUAACUGCAGGUGUUUCAGUCGUAUUGGGUAGUGGUAUGGUUAAUGUAGUGGUUCAAUUUGGUACUAUUAAAAUUGAUGGUAUUGGUUGCUCAACCUUUUCAGCUAUAUUUUUAUAUCAAUUACUUCGUGAAGAUUGGGGUGAUGUGUUUAGAAAAUUAACAGGUCGUGGAAGAAAUCUAGAAAUGGUGGAUGACUUUGACCCAUCAGUUCAAUACAAUAAAAAUCAAUUAUUAAAACCAUUACUCGAUAAUGAAUAUUUAGAAACUCAAUUUAACGAAGAAGCUAACGAAUUUCUUUAA